AUGGAGCCCCAGAAGGCGGCGUCCGGGGAGCACACCUGGUGGCCUCCAGUGGCCUCGGGGUCGGCAGCAGAGCUCGUGUACCAUUUAGCGGGGGCCCUGGGCACUGAGCUGCAAGAGCUGGCGCGCCGCUUCGGGCCGGGGGCGGCAACCGGGCUGGUGCCGCUCGUGGUGCGGGCGCUGGAGCUCCUGGAAAAGGCCGCAGUGGGGCCAGCACCAGACUCGGUGAGUCACUGCCCCACCUCUCGCCACCCGCGGGCAGGCGGCAGUCUAACCCUGAAACUUGGACUGCCCAGCUGCAGGUCUCGGCGCAGCAGGCUGAACUGGAGCUGCGGCGACUGCGAGAGGAGAAUGAGCACCUCCACAGGGAGCUGCGCUGUGGGCCACAGGGUGAGUGCAGGCCUCCGUCAGGACAAGGGCGGUCUGGGGGCCGAUCUAGGGCCUCCCUCCCGCGGGCCGCCGCUAAGAACGCCCCCUUCACCAGAGGAGCGCGCUCUGCUGCGGCAGCUCAAGGAGGUGACCGACAGACAGCGGGACGAACUCCGGGCGCACAAUCGCGACUUACUACAGCGCAGCCAGGAAACAGAAGCGUUGCAGGAACAGCUGCACCGCCUCCUGCUGGUGAAUGCGGAGCUGCGGCACAAGCUGGCCGCUGUGCAGACCCAGCUGCGCGUGGUGCGAGACCGUGAGACGGAACUGCAGGGCGAAGGGUCCCCGGGGCUGGCGCAAGAGCAGCCGCAGGACCAGGUCCAGGGGCCCGGGUGCGAGCAGAGGCAGGCGGCCAAGCGGGCAACCGUUGGCGCAGGAGCCCCGGGGACUCCUGAGGACCCAGCGGAUGCCCUGCAGCAGCCAGAGCGCCCCCUGGAGGUAGGCCAGUGUGGCUUCAGUAGAGAGGAGCUUGAGCAGAUCCUUCAGGAGCGGAAUGAGCUCAAAGCCAACCUAUUCCUGCUGAAGGAGGAGUUGGCCUUCUUCCAGCGGGAGCUGCUUUCAGACCACCGGGUGCCUGGGCUUCUGCUGGAAGCCAUGAAGGUGGCUGUCCGGAAGCAGCGGAAGAAGAUCAAGGCAAAGAUGUUAGGGACCCCAGAGGAAGCAGAAAGCAGUGACGAUGAGGAUGGCUCAUGGCUCCUGCUCCCCAGCGAUAAGGGAGACCAACCUCCACCCCCUGAGUCCAGAAUACAGACUUUGGCCUGUGGUAUCGGGGUGAAGCAGAGGCCCCUGGAGCUGGGACCAGCAGCCCCACUUCCAGCAAGCAACAGGGCAAAGAGGAAGCCCCACAGCAACCUCUCUUGGAGCCUGUGGCCAGCCCUACAAGCCCCAGCUCCUGACCGGCCCUGCUCUGCUCUUGAUGAACAGCUCUGUCUCAGGGGCCUCAGCUGCCCCAGGGGCCUGACUCUGGGAUCUCGCUGUGGGUGGAUGUGUGACCUCAAAUGA